UCCUCGGAGACGCGUCCCUAUAAAGCGCGAGCCCGCCUCCCCCGAGAGGAAAGAGCGCUGAAUUCGCAGCAGGAUCGCCAUGGCUCAAGUGGAAGUGUCCGCACCGCUCUCCCCGCUGAAAGGGGGACACUCCCCCGCAGUCAAAGCUGGAGGUAUGAGAGUUUCCAAGAAGGUGGAAAAUGCACCUGCGGAAAAGAAAUCCAAAUUGUCUGGGAAGGAGAAGACAAAGGGCCAUCUCUCAUCUUCUGCAGGAAACACCAUGCCCAGCUCUGUGAAUGUCCUAAAAAUGCAGAGUAUGGGUGUCUUGUUGGCUGACACAUUGGAGAAAUUUGCACAUAAACUUCCACCAGCUGCCUCACAAGUAGCGCAUCAAAAGCCCCGACCCACGGUGGAGAAGACUAUAUUGCCCAAAAGGAUGUACAUUAUUCAGCAGCCUUCGAAAUGUUAAAAAGAUGGAGAAUAAAAUAUUCAUAUAGUUGACAGACUUGCUCAUAACGAAACAGUACUUAGCUAAGCAAGCAAUCAAUGGACCAAAUGCUGGAAGCAGUUUCUCCUUUGUAUUUUUCUUGCAAUAAAAUUGCAUAUUCACUUGUUUUCACUGAAAAUAUUUUUUCAUACUUUUUAUUGGCCAUAAGAUUCGUUAUUUUAAGACUCUCAAACCACCUUAUUAUAGCAGUCAGAGCUUAGAAUAGAUAAGCAAUUUCUUUAAGUCCUAUUUUUGUAAACGGAGAGAAUUGUGUGGCUCUUCAUUCAUACUGCCCACUUGAAAAUAUGCAAAAGCUUUCCAACCUCUAGUGAAAUAUGUAAACUCGUUAGGUGUAUAAAUAAAAUAUAUCUUUCCUGGACAAUGUAAUUGUUGUGCUAGGAUUCAGGCUUGUUUUGGAAAAACCCAUCUUCUGACUGUAAGCACCAUGGCAUUAGAUCUAUUGACUUAAGUCUAUUACUGUAUUUAAUUUUCCUUUUCUUCUGGUGUGAUUAAAUAUUUCCCAAGUUAAUCCCUACAUUUAAUCAGGGCUUUUGCUAUAUGUCAUACUAUAUACCUAAGUGAUUAUUUUCAGAUGCUUUUAUAAUGCUGUACUGUUUGGGAUUCCAACAGGAUGAAAAAAGAUAAAAAGGAGACCAUAAAGGACUUACUCCAAAUUCCAUGUGCUUACAAGGCAACAUUUAUUUUCUAUACUGUAAUGGGCAAUAAAUAACGUAAUAUAUAA